AUGCCCAUUGCAGCAACACCAACUCAGAUACAUUGGCAGCCUCCACCGAUGGACCGGGUUAAAAUUAAUUUUGAUGGAGCGGUAUUUAAGGAUGAAGACAUAGCAGGUAUUGACGUGGUUGUUAGAGAUAGCCAAGGCAUGGUCAUGGCUUCUUUAUCCCAAAACAUCCCACUCCCACACUCAGUUGUAAACUUGGAAACUCUGGUAGCAUGUAGAGCACUUGAAUUCUCCCUAGAGCUAGGCUUCGACAAAGCAAUUCUUGAGGGAGACUCGAUGAUUGUCAUGGCUGCAUUGAGGGACCCUUCUCCUUCACUAGCUUCAUAUGGUCUGUUAGUUCGGGAUGCCCAAUUGAUGGCACAUUUAUUUACUUGUAUUUCCUUCCAACAUGUUGGUAGAGUAGGGAAUAAUGUUGCUCACAACCUAGCUAAUCACUGGUUUUUCAGUUUGGAUGGAGGAUGUUCCUAUCUAAAUUUUUGCAGCUUAUCAGGCGGAUUUGCCUACUACUGA